AUGGGGGAUAGUCAACCUCCGUUAAAAGAUGCCUGCCUUAGAUUAUACAGCAUGAGAUUUUGUCCUUAUGCUCAAAGAGUGCAUUUAGUUUUGGAUUCUAAAAAUAUCAAGUAUGAAGUAGUCAACAUUAAUUUAUCUGACAAACCGGAUUGGUUUUAUGACAAAUCACCGGAAGGAAAAGUUCCAGCUCUUGAAUUUCCCAAUGGAGAAACAUUGUACGAAAGUCUCAUCAUUGCCGAUUACUUGGAUGAAAAAUAUCCAGAACGUCCAUUGUAUCCGAAAGAUCCAUUGGCAAAAGCAAAGGAUAAACUUUUGAUGGAAAAAUUUAACAGAGUUAUAAGAGGGAUAUAUAAAAUGUUGCUUCACGAAGGUUUCAGUCCGGAAAUAAUGGAUGACGUCAAAGCAGGUUUAGAUUUAUUCGAAAAGGAAAUGUGCAUUCGAAAAACUAAAUUUUUAGGAGGCGAGUAUCGAAAGACAAAAAAAAAAAUCUUAUUCGGUUCCAAACCCGGCAUGUUAGAUUUCAUGAUAUGGCCGUGGUGCGAAAGAGCGGAUAUACUUAAAAUCGUCGGCGGAGAUUUGUACAAACUUCCAAAGGACAGAUUUCCAAAAAUUCUCGAAUGGAGAGUCAACAUGAUUGCCGAUGAAGGAGUCAGAGUGAGUUAUUUGGAUCCGGAAAUCCAUGCUAAAUAUUUCAUGAGUAGACAAGCAGGAACUCCCGACUAUGAUCUUCUUCACAAAAUGAAACAUUAA